GUAGUAGAGUAGAGUAGUAGAGUAGAGUAGUAGAGUAGUAGAGUGAGUAGAUCAAUUGAGGGCUGGUGAUGAAGAGGAGACGGCGGGCAGUCUCUCUUUAUAUGCGCCCGCCGGUCUGCGACGAGGCCGAGUCUGAGUCGGGGUCGAGGACGAGCGGGAAGGCAAUGCGGUGCGGCUCUGGACCGUUGACGUCAGGCGGUGGAGCCACGCCACUUUGUCCCGGUGAGUGUAUAUUCAUAGUAAAUAGUGAUAGUAUUGUAUAGUUAGUAUGAGUAGAAUACUGUUAAUACUCUCAACUCUCUCUAAACACGCUGUGCGGGGGAAAGCCGCAGUGCUGAAGGCGGGUGCGGGGCUUCAUCGCCGUCGCGGGCGAAGGGAGUCCUGCCCCACGUUUAUUGCCUGUUUAGGAACAGUUACUCGAUGUGGACUUACACUCUGCACCAGAACAACCACCCAGAUCAGGCUGUUCUCGGGCUUAACUGCCUGCUCUGUCUCGACCUGCUUCUGUUCUUCUUUGAGACGCGCGGAGAGGAGGAGUUCUAGACUGCGGUGCGGGGCUGUUUGCUGUCUGUUGCUGUCUGUUGCUGUGUUGCGCUGCUGCUGCUGCUGCUGCUGCUGCUCUGCUGCUCUGCUGCUCUUCUGAGGAUUAUCGCCGAACUGCGACAGGAUCACCGAACGCC